AUGGGCCCGGGUCAGGAAUACCAAUCCAGGGCGGCGGUGACCGAUUGGGGCGAUAUGGCUGCUCUAGGCCCAAACCUUGGGGGUAUCGAGCCCUUUGAGGAGCAGCUUUCUGCCGGCGCCGUGCCACUAGGACUCCGUCGUACACUCGAUCCAGUGACUCUCAACGAUGUCAUCGCCCUUGGUCCGGUCCUCUCGGGUUUUACUGGGGAUCAUGACAACCCCAACUCUUACGCGGCGUUGGACACCUACCCGUACAACCCCAACAACCCCUUGUAUGCCACCACAUCUAUGAUCCCCGACAUUCCCCGGACCGUCUUCACUGAAGCAACAAGUAUAUCCGGGCGGACACACCAGUCGCCUUAUGCUACAUCCGACUGUGCUCGCUCGAGAACGGGCGAGCCCUUUCUAAGCUUGAAUCCUUCCUAUUCCCACUCCGAUGCCUUCGGCCCCGUCUCCGACAUUGGCUACCAGCCCCUCUUGUCCCCGCAGGACAGAUCGGUCAUGCAGCAGGGGGCUCCGAGCAGUGGACCGUACAAGCUGCCGGUCCGACCGGGGACAAGUGAGGCCCCGUGCCUACGACCCUCACCGGAAGAGCCUUGCGAAGGCUGUAAGAAGGUUGCGGCAGGGAACAAGUGGAGCACAUUCUGCCACCCGUUCGAUUUCUCUGAUCUCAUCAAGCAUGGCUCAAUAUGCCAUCUCAACGGCGGAGAGAUAAGUCUGCCCGCUGUGGUCGAUAUACCCGGUCUGUGCAGUAUCCUCCGCUAUUGCCAGAAUGUUUCUAUCCGUUUCGGGGACACAUCCGCAGACGUAUUUAGGAUCGACAUAGACAAAUCACUCCAAUACCUAGAGGGCCUUGCCGAUCGCGCCAGCAAAUACCUUGUCAGCGAGGCCAGCUCGUUAACGAGGUUUAACCUACAGUCGUUCCUUGAUUCAGAGAAAGUUGAGGAGACGGGCGGAGGGGUGAAAUGGCAGGAUUGCAUCCAUUCCCCAAACGGAGGCGAGAAUGACCUGCGGCGCGUCGAGCUCCAUGGGUUCGACGCGCUGCAGAAAGCUUUUCAGAGCAUUUCCAACGAAGGGUGCCCCAUCAAGGCGCAGCGCCUUCCCGGCCAGAUAACCAACCUCUUACUCGCGCUUCGUCGGCAAUACUGGAGCCUCGAGCGCUACCAGAGCCGCAACGACUUGGAGCCGGUUCGCCUCUGCCUCCCACCCCUCGAGCUUGAUAGGCCCAGCGAGGGCCUCAACAGGAUUACCAAGAAGUACAAAAGGCCUCGGUGUCGACAGAAGUCUCGGACGGGAACGGACUACCUCUUCAAGUGA